AUGUCCUUCGAUUCAACCUCCCCGUUAAAUACCGAUCCAAAUGCCCGCGUCUUCAGUUCCUCGUGCUUCGACUUCCUCCUCAUAGAACUAGUACCCAUGGCUGAGCGCAUGGCCAAGGAACUUGCGACCGAGGGAAAGGACAUGGAAGAUGAAGAGGUCCGAGAGGCCACAUUCUUUCGUCUAGAAUCUUUAGGUUAUCGUGUUGGACAAGGUCUUGCGGAACGCACGCUAAUGACCUUCAAUUUCUACAGAUUUGCUAAAGACCGGCCACGCUUCACUGAUAAUCUUGAUGUGAUUAAAUUUCUCUGCAAGGAUCUGUGGACAGUCCUAUUCAAGAAACAGAUUGAUAAUUUGAAAACGAACCAUCGGGGAGUCUAUGUUUUGACCGAUAGUGCAUUUCGGCCAUUUGGGAGGAUGAGCAUGGCAGUGCGGAGUGAAGCUAUAUCCAUGGCGCAGGCGUACCUUUGGUUCCCCUGUGGUAUCAUUCGCGGCGCUUUAGCAAAUCUGGGUAUCCAUACAACUGUGCAGGCCGAGACAUCGGAUUUACCAGGUGUAACUUUCCAAAUCAAGACGCUCCAGCCCCGGCCUUGA